GACUGUAUAUGUUCAAAAACCACAACUGGGUCUUGGACGGUUAUUACAGUCUCGGUGAGAGACUGGGUGGACUCAAAACACGUGAGCUCGACUACAAAGUGUGGACUAACGAAGGAAAAAUAUAAAAACUUGGUGAGAUGAGUAUAGCGAUUAGGGCCUCGUUUUGGGUGCUGACCUUCGGAGGCAUCGGUUGGGCAUUGUUCAAGGUGGUCAAACCUGAUGAUGAGCUACUUAAAGAGUUUGACAAGGGGUCUAAAAAUACAGAUACUAGAAAAUUCUCCCGUGAUACCAUAUCAAUCAUAAAAGAAGCUGCUGAUCUUAAUUCUGAAACUAAGAGGCUUAGCAAACGAGACGCACAGAGAUUAGAGAAACUUCAGAAAGCCCAAAAAGCGAGGGAAGAGGUUAAUGUUAGCAAUGAGAAUGAGGAUUAUUUUGCAGGCUCCUUUAGAGUUAAAUCGGAGUAUAUUGAGGACUUAUUAUCACAAAUUCCAACUUUAGAAACUUGUGCGCUCCCCUCCCAUUUUGAUAACAUCAAGAGAGAAGUCAACGACCUCCAGAAACAUGUAGUGACCUCAUCUUUCUUCCUAAAGGAGUUUAACAUGCGCAAGUAUUUAGGAAUAGUACAGAGUUUGCAGACAAAAUGUUAUGAACUAGAAGAAAGGUAUGUACCACGCAAAAAGUUUGGUUUCACUAGAAAGAAGCUAACUAACACACACAGUGAUAAGCAGAACGCUGAUGAGACUGACUGCGCUGGGAAAAAAGGAACCAAUAAGUGGGAUAAAAAUUUGUUUGGUCUUGACUCUAAAGAAAAUUCUGUUUUGAUGCUUGAAAAUGAUGAAUUGUUUCAAAGGGAUGUCGCCUUGCGUAAUCUCAAGAACUGUACAGUGGGGCUGAAAGGCGUCAUGGGUACUUUGCACUUAACUAAUUUAGAGAAUUGCGUCAUACUCUCUGGGCCUGUUACGACAUCAGUUUUUGUUGAAAAAUGUACUAAUUGCAAGAUAGUAGCUGCAUGUCAACAACUGCGUAUGCACACCUCCAGUAAAUGCGAUGUAUAUUUGCAUGUGACAAGUAAAGGUAUCGUGGAAGACUGUACAGAUAUCAGGACGGCUCCAUACAAUUUGUACUAUGAGGAUUUGGAGAAGCACUUCAAUAUGUCUUCACUAGAUAGAACUGUGAACAACUGGGACCAAUUGGAUGAUUUCAAUUGGCUGGCUCCUGACAUACCUUCUCCUUAUUGGUCAACUUUGGAUGCAUCACAAAGAAUUGCAAAUUGGAAUGAAUGGUGGAAUAGAUUACCAUCAUAAUCCAAGUAGUUUGAUUCUGGCGUUUAACUCAGUGCUGCCUUCCAACACAGCCAAUAUUGUAUGUCAUGAGAUUUGGCUCAGAAAAAAUAUUGUCAGUAACAUUCUUGUGGCGAGGAUGUCAAAUACACUUUGUAUUGAUUUUCCGUCAUUUGAUGAAUAUUUAAUUAUAUUCUCAUACAAGCAUGAACCAUAGUAAGUUAAGCGCUAGAUCAAAGAAUCCUCAUAGUGUGAUAAACAAGAAAUUCCAUGUUUAAUCAUGUAAAAUAACGCAAAUAAAUUAGCCUUUACUGAACAAAUUGCUAAUGUUAACAACUUGCCCUCUUGUUCAUAUAUAAUUAAUGUUUUGUUUUUCUGUCAAUAGUCUAAUAUUGUGGUGAACGAAAUAGGGACAAAACAUUUUAACUAUGUUUUAACUUUUUUAUGAAUAAGAGGGUUAAUCAUUAACUUUUUUAAAAGUUGCUCUAAUCAAACAAGUGCCCUUGCCUUUAUAAAGUUUGCAUUUUAAUUUAGCUUAACAAGCAAUGUACAAUGUAAUAUUUACUAGUGUGUGGUUAGGAACGAUGAUUCACAUAUAUAUACAUACCUUAUUUACACAUAAACGUUUGUUUAUAGAUUAGUGAGGAUUUUGGUUCUGAAAAAUGCACUAGUAAAAAUUACCUAGAAAAUAUAUAAAAAGAACUAAAUUCGUUUAAAUGCUUAGUUAAUACAAUAUGGUAGCAUUUACUAAAAUUGUAAAUUAUGUAAUAAACAUUAUAUACCAGAAAAAA